GGCUCAAUUGUCAUCAAGAAUUAACCUUCUCGUUUUGGAUUUUCAAUCCAAAAUGAAAUGUAUCUUCAUUGUCUCCAAAAUGAGCACAAAAGCACUUAAAUCGGUUAAAACUAAAGAAAAAAUGUCUAUUUAAAACUCAAUUUUAUAUCUUCAGUAAGUUUUGUCAUUUUCGAUUUAAUAUAACUACAUUAAAAGUUGUAAAAUUUACGAGUUCACCUAAAUGCCUCAUGGCAGCACGCAGUCGAGGGAGGAGGCCUUUCUCUAGCUGUGAUUGGACGACAGGCUGUCAGUUCCCCAGAAUGUGUGUCAAAAUUGACCAAUCGUCUUGCGCGUUGUUGCCUGGUGGUGUCUGGCCGGUCGGAUUGCAGUUUGGAAAAAGAGAAGCGGUCAGCGGAGGCGUCGUCGGCGGAACGGAGCGAUGAAUCCCAGGGAUAAUGUAGAGACAGGGGAGACGGACUGCCACCCGGAGGGAUCCUACGUGCUGAUUCCGCAUGAAGCACCGUGCAAGCAGGAGCAGGAGAAGCUGUCGGGGCUCGUCAAAAACGUCCACAGGAAACUGCGCAGAAAAUACAAAGAGGUGGGCGACUUCGAAAAGAUCUGGCGUGAGCACUGCGAGGACGAGCAGAUGCUGAGCGAGUACGCGCUGGCCAUGAAAAAUCUCGCUGAUAACCACUGGACCAAAAACUGUGAAGGAGAGAACCGCAUCGAGUGGUGUCGCAGCGUCUGUCAGGAGUAUUUCCUGCAGGGUGGGGUGAAGAGAGUCUUAGAAAAGGAUGAGAAGAGUGCCAAGGUGGGCGCAAACCCGCCUGCAGCAUCUGUGAAUGCUCAAGCACACAGCGCCAUCCCCAGUUCCAUCUCCCAGCUGGGCAAAAUGCGCCUUCUGGAUGUUGGAAGCUGCUUCAACCCGUUCCUGAAGUUUGAUGAAUUCCUCACCGUUGGAAUCGACAUCGUGCCUGCAGUAGAGAGUGUUUACAAGUGUGACUUCCUCAACCUUCAGCUCCAGCAGCCUCUGCAGCUGGCGGGGGAUGCAGUGGAAGCCUUCCUCCGCCAGCUGCACAACCCCAUCGACGCCCUGCCCGCUCAGCUGUUCCACGUCGUGGUCUUCUCCCUGCUCCUCUCCUACUUCCCCUCGCCGUACCAGCGCUGGAUCUGCUGCAAGAAAGCCCACGAGUUGCUGGAGCUGCACGGCCUCCUGCUCAUCAUCACGCCUGACUCCUCCCACCAGAACCGCCACGCCCUCAUGAUGCGCAGCUGGCGGGUGGCGGUGGAGUCCCUGGGCUUCAAGCGCUACAAAUACGUCAAGUACUCCCACAUGCACCUCAUCGCAUUCCGGAAGGUGUCCCUGGCUACAAGCAGUGAUCUGGUGUCGCGCAACUACCCCGAGAUGCUCUACAUCCCCCAGGACUUUAACUCCAACGAGGAGGAGGACUGCGCCGACGUGCCGGCGCAGUCACGCUCCGAGUUCGAGGACGACCAGCUGGCGUGGAGCUUCAACGAGCUGCCGGACACGCCGUACGAUUCGGAUUCCGGGGAGAGCCAGAGCAGCUCUGUACCUUGCUUUCAAGAGCUGGACGACCCCAUACUGCUCCAGAGCUAGACGGAACCAGCACCCCCCCUUCUGCUGCUGCGCUGCCAAAUUCAAACCUGCUGCAUCCUUCUCCCCCCUUUUUCUCCCGAGAAAAUGCAAUUUGCACAGUGUGACCGAGAAAAGUUUACAGAUUAUUUUCUCAUAUCCACACUCCAUUAAAGAGUAAAAAUUGCACAUGCUGACACUAAGAUGGAUCUAUUUUCAUAUAUAACUAGGUUUUUCUCCUUUUUAUUUUUAAUAUUUGGAAAUUGACCCCCCUUUGUAAUGCAAAUUUCCCAAACCGUUCUCGAAAAGUCCAAAUGGGCUCGUCAACAUUCUGUCUAGAUUGGAAUAAGGUAGUGCUGAUCAAAAACAACAAGCUGAGAGGCCACGAAGGCUGGAAGGACGGCUGCACUCGCUUCUGUCACUGUCAUGCAGCAGACUAUUGAUGUGCUUUUAGUUUACUUAGACAAAAAAAAUCAUUUUUAAAUGGAAAAUAUACUCCAUACUUUUAGUCAGAUGUUAACCUGUGAAAUCUGUGAUGAUGCUGUUUGAACUGAAUGACUUCUGUAGAUUUUACAAAAAAAAAAUUAGUAUUUGUAGCAAUUUUAGAAUCCUACAGUAGAAGAAGUGUUACCCUGGUUUACUUUUGUGAAAAUGUAACUGUUUACUUCAUGUGUAAAAAGGUACAAAUGUUAAAUAGGUACUUUUUUGGGGGGGCUUCACUCAUUAUUCUGACAAAAUUUUGUUAGAUUAUAGACAUUUCUUUUAUUUUAAGAGAAAAACACCAGUGGGAGUGGGUGGCAUUUUCCCCUCACCUGUGUCCUUUCAUUUAAAAAAAUCGAACCAAUUUUUGCACUAAGUGGUAGUUUUCUAAUAGGGAGUCAUUCAGAAGAAAAGGCUGGCGUGGAGUUGACAAAACUGCUACGGUUUCAGCUGAGGACACUACCAGGUGAAGUGAAAGUGUGUUUGUGGGUCUGAAUGAAGGAGUGGACUCUGUUUUUGUGGCCUGCACUUUAUUGCCUAAUCCAGGGGGGGCCCCAGCAAAUGUGUCCUUUUAGCUCUUAAUAAUAGUCGAUGACUGGCCAAUAAAACAAUCCCAUUCAGACGAAGGUGCCUUGUAUUUUUAUGUCAGUUUUGGACAAAAUGAGUGGUUUGACAGGAUCUUCCUCUGUUGUGUUAAGGGAACAAGACAGUGUAGGUGUACAAAGUUUGUGCUCUCUAUAUCAUUUUGAGACUACAUGAGUUCUAUUUUUUUUUCUUUUUUGUUGUCUUCCAGUCUUUUGGCCCAUUUGCAUGAUUUAUUUUUCUUCAUUAUCACCGUUUCAUCCAUGCAGAACAAGGUGUGCACAUCAGACGGUUGUAUUUCUCUGUGAUAAAUGAAUGUGAUGUAUAAGUUGUGUUGUUUUUGUGUUGACUAUCCAGUGCUGCAGAUGUGUACUAAAGGGUUUCAAGUCAAGAAAGAAGCAGCAGUUAAGAAAGCUGCUUAUUUUCUUGAAAUCAGCUAGAAACCAAAAAGGUUUGAAGGCCUGACGGUGGUUAAAAUACAUUCAAUUACUUUUACCCAUAAGGCAAUGUUACUUUUUAAAGUUUUAUUAAGUAUUGUGGGAAAUUGCUGGUUGUAGUAGAACAAAAAUCAUCAAAUGAGUAAACAGUGUUUUGUCUUUAUUAUAGAGAGUUUGAUUGUUGCUUUGGCAUAUUUUCCAUCAUGAUCUCAGCAUUUCUGUAUCCUGAAAAACGUCAACGAAAAAGAAAAGUAUGGAACUGGAAAAGGAAAGUUGAAAGUGCUGCAAUAAAUAAAAAGUCAACAUGAUUCUAAUCGUUGCAUAGCCUCCUUCAGACUGGAAAGUGUAGAGUUAGGACAUCAGACCUGCUCAUCAAGCUGUAGAAGUUCCCCAAAGUUUUCUUUGUAUCUGAAAAGAAACCAAAACAUUUCUGAACCCAACACGGCUGGGUUACAUUUAGGUAAUAAAGUUUGACAUGAAGUGAAA